CACCAAUUGUGACCUCGAAGGGAAAUUUGGACCUGUUCCACCCUUCGAGGAAAUGGAGCUAGCCAACAUGUUCAGGAACAGGCGAUUUGAGAUGAUGAGCCGCGGGGUAGUCUCGUCGCUGGCAGCUGAGGCAGGCAAUCCCCUCAGACUCUCGAGGCGACUUGAGCAACACCAGCGCGCAUCGCGAGAUCAACCACAGCUCCUCUUCACAUCUCGUGUCAUAGCCCUUCCGCAAUGAUCUUCACAUCUCCUUCCUGGGUUCCUGAUAUUCCAGGCGAAAUCCCCGAUACAAUCACGGUCGGCGACUUUGCGCUCCAAGGAAACGCCAGCCUACCCCCUCAAUGUGGCGGUAAAGCUCCGUUUGUCGAUGGAAUAACCGGAAAGUCCUAUUCGACGAAGACGCUCCUGGAAAGGGUUGACUGGCUUUCGCGCUCGCUUGCGAAGGAGUUUGGAUGGUCGCCGAACGAUGGGUCUCCGGAGGACAAGGUUGUCGCGGUCUACAGCUGGAAUACGCUCGACUUUUUUGUGACCUGCUGGGCAGUCCACCGUCUCAACGGCAUAUGUCUUCCAGUCCACCCCUUCAGCAUCGUUCCCGAAAUCGUGGCACAUAUGACGAGGUCGAAAUGUAAGAUCAUCUUCACUUGCCAAUCGCUCGUCGCGAACACUCUUUCGGCCGCAGAGGAGCUCUCGAUCCCAAAUGAACAGAUCUAUACAAUGGCCCUUCCUGAGGGGUACCUUCCGAACCCAGAGCCGAUCGAUCAGUUCAAGUCGGUCGAGCAGUUGAUCGCUGAGGGAGAGAAGUUGGAUCCCACUCCCUCCCUUACCUGGGAAAAAGGCCGAGCAAAGACACAGGUGGCAUACUACUGUGCAACAAGCGGGACUUCUGGGAAACAGAAACUGGCCAAGAUCACGCAUUACAACUUCAUCGCGAACGUGCUACAAGCAUCGAUGUUCGAAAGCUAUGCUAAGUCGGGGCGCAAUGAGAUUGCAAUUGGCGCGAUUCCCUUCACACACGGAUAUGGAUUGGCCCUGGGCCAUAUCAUGGUUUAUCGCGGCGAUUCGCUCAUUGUCAUUCCGCGGUUCGACAUGCAAUUGAUGCUGAAAUUAAUUCCUCAGUAUCGCAUUGAGAGACUAUACCUUGUACGCAUUUCCUGGGCAUCAAAAGGACCAGUCUUAUCUAACCUUGCGGAACAGGUUCCCCCAAUCCUCGCCGCCUUCGCUGCAAAUCCCUUCCUACUAAAUCUCUUCGACAUCUCGUCCGUCCAGACCAUCGUGACUGGCGCCGCAGCACUAGACCGCGUCCUCGCUUCGAAACUCCAUGACCUUCAACCGCACUGGAAAUUCAAUCACGCCUACGGCCUCACUGAAACCGGCGUCAUCGCGACGUGGACAAGCUCGCACGACGUAUGGCACGGUUCGUCGGGAUCCGUAUUGCCACAAUUCGGAAUCCGCCUCGUCAAGCCGAACGGCGAAGAUGUCGAGGGCCUCGACGAACCUGGAGAAGUCCAUUUCACCUCUCCUAGUAUUUUCGCAGGAUAUCUCGGCGACGACGAGUCUAAUAAGAACACCUUCGACGACAAGGGCUGGCUCAAGUCCGGCGACGUCGGGGUAUUUCGCAAGGCACCGAGCGGAAACGAGCACUUGUUCAUCCUUGAUCGAAUUAAGGAUAUGAUUAAGGUCAAGGGCGACCAAGUCGUCCCCCGCGACAUCGAAUCCGUCCUCCUCUCCCAUCCCGCCAUCGUUGACGCGGCCGUGAUCGGCGUCCCCGACGAGCUAUCCGGCGAGCGCGCAAAAGCAUACAUUGUGCGAUCUGCGACCGAAAUGGCAGAUAUGGACGAGGAGGAUCUCGCGGAUCACAUUGACGAGUAUGUGCAGGAUAGACUGCACGAGUCCCACUGGCUGCAUGACCGGAUCGAGUUUAUGGCGAAGUUGCCGAAGAGUGAGAGUGGGAAGGUGCUGAAGAAGGAUUUGCGGGCGUUGAAUUGAGGUGGCGUCCCGGUACAGUGAUGGCGUUAUCGCCGUUCAAUGGUGGUCAGCUACAGGAGAGGAAAGUAUUAGAAUUGACAGACUAAUCGAUAUACUAUCUGGUCGGCAAUUGCCAAACCCGAGCCCGUACCACCUCAUCUGAGAUCUCCUGGAGAACCACAAAUAAGUCUUAUUUGCGUUCAGUGCGACAUGUCGUAUUAGUAGUCCCGCCUAUUUAUCGCUCGCGUCCCACACUAUCGAAUUCAAGAUUCUAUCGAACCUUAGCAGCGGACCGUAUUUUCUCCGUCCGUGAAUAAAUGUGGAGUCUUAUGGCGUUGCCGCCGUAGGACUGUUAUAGCUCCGAGGCAUAAUGUGGAAUUUAUGUGGCUUGUCGUCCUACGGUAUAGCGCAAGGGUCGGUAAUGCCAAGGAACGCCAUGGGGCACAAACGAUCGACUGACCGGGUUUUGCAUGGAUUCGAUUUUGUUUAGGGGGUUAUGCAGGGUAUAGCAGAGUAGUUACUGGAUUAUAAUCAAAUUGCCCUGUGUAUAUAUAUUGCGCUCAAAUUCAUGCCUAAAAGCGAGAGUAGUUGUGGUUUCGCGCGAUUUGGGGUGGGUACAAUAUAUAUACCCUUGCAAGACCGGCGAUCUAGCACUCGAAACGAAAAGCAAUAGCAUUUACAGAACGUAG